AUGUUAUUUUUGGAUUUAAUUUCGAAGCAAAUACGUCAUUUAAUAUAUUCAUUAACGAACGAAGCGGACGAAAUAAGUUGUGACGGAAGUAAUAAUAGGCAGAAGAUCUGUGAGUCAACUUUUGGAAUGACAAUGGAUCGAGAUGCAAUUAAAGGAAUCAAUGGAAUUGAACACAUGAACACAACAGAAUCUAAAUAUGUAUAUUAUAUAGAAAAACGUCAUACUUCUACAGCUGGUCAAAACCGGGAGGAAGGGUCUGUUCAGGAUUGGAGAAUGCGUGAAAGACUCAAGACUGUUUCAGGUGCCUUAGUCCUAUGUUUAAAUAUUGGUGUAGACCCACCAGACGUAGUUAAACCAAGUCCUUGUGCAAAAUUAGAAUGUUGGGUUGACCCUUUUGCUUUGCCUCCUGCUAAGGCUUUGGACGCAAUUGGCAGAAAUCUUCAGGCUCAAUAUGAACAACUCAGCAUCAGAACUCGUUAUAAACAAUAUUUAGAUCCUUCGGUAGAUGAGAUGAAAAAAUUUUGUACAAAUUUAAGAAAGAGUGCAAGAGAAGAACGUAUAUUAUUUCAUUAUAAUGGUCAUGGUGUCCCUAAACCUACAGCAAGCGGGGAAAUAUGGUGUUUUAAUAAACACUUUACUCAAUAUAUUCCAGUAUCUUUGGGUGAUUUACAAUCAUGGUUAGGGUCUCCUUGCGUUUAUGUGUAUGAUUGUUCUGCUGCUGGUAAUAUAUUAGAAAGUUUUAAACGCUUUACAGAGCAACGAUAUUUAGAAGCUGCUAGGGCUGAUUCAAAUUCCGUUCCGCAAGCACCUCUUAACAUUCAAUUGGCUGCUUGUGGACCUAAUGAAACCUUACCGAUGCAUCCUCAUUUACCAGCAGAUUUAUUCACAUCAUGUUUAACUUCUCCAAUAGAGAUAGCUUUAAGAUGGUUUGUUUUACAGAAUCCAUUACCAACUUUUCUUACGGUUGAUAUGGUGAUGAAACUUCCUGGUAGGUUACAGGAUCGUAGAACACCGCUGGGAGAAUUAAAUUGGAUUUUUACGGCUAUCACGGAUACCAUUGCUUGGAAUGUACUCCCCCGAGGUUUAUUUAAACAAUUAUUCCGACAAGAUCUCAUGGUUGCUGCGUUAUUUAGAAAUUUUCUGUUGGCAGAAAGAAUCAUGCGACGUUAUCAAUGUAAUCCCAUGUCUCAUCCUCAGUUACCACCUACUCACGAUCAUCCUAUGUGGGACUCAUGGGAUCUUGCUGUUGAUAUGUGUUUAGCACAAUUACCAUCCCUUUUAAAUGCGGAAAGUGGAGGACCAGAAGUUGAGUAUAAACAUUCUAGCUUCUUUGAUGAACAGUUAACCGCAUUCCAAGUAUGGUUAUCAAAAGGCUCUGUUUCGCAAAAACCACCUGAACAAUUACCGAUAGUGUUGCAAGUACUUCUUAGUCAAGUACAUAGAUCUCGAGCAUUAGGGUUAUUAAGUAAAUAUUUGGAUUUAGGACCUCGUGCCGUCAGUUUAGCAUUAUCAAUAGGUAUCUUCCCUUAUGUAUUGAAAUUAUUACAAAGUCCUGCUGCGGAUUUGAAACCUCCCUUAGUGUUUAUUUGGGCUAGAAUUUUGGCUGUUGAUAGGUCUUGUCAACAAGAUUUAUUAAAGGACAAUGGUUAUACUUAUUUUGUGAAUAUUUUAUCUCCUAGUAGUAUGUUAAAUAUUCCAAAUGAAGCUGAACAUCGUGCAAUGUGUGCUUUUAUUUUAGCAAUAUUUUGCACAAAUUUUAAUCAAGGACAGGCUGCAUGUAAGAAAUCUAACGUUUUACACGCGUGUUUAGCUCGAAUUAAUGAUGUUGACGCACUUUUAAGACAGUGGGCUUGUUUAUGUAUUGGUCAAUAUUGGACUAAUUAUGUAGAAGCAAAGAGUGAGGGUAUUGAAAAUCAAGCCCAUUUGAAGCUUUUCGGACUUUUAAUCGAUCCGGUUCCUGAAGUUCGUGCUGCGGCACUUUAUGCUUUAGGAACUUUUAUUGGAGAUUUGAGUCGUACUGAGCAAAUCGUAAAUAUUGAGCAGAACAUAGCAAUUAACGCUCUCGAUGCUAUUAACGAUGCUUCUCCUAUAGUCCGUCGAGAAUUAGUGAUUGCUCUUUCUCAUAUUGUAAAUGCGUAUAUUGAACAUUUUACGCGUGCUGCUUUUGAGGAAUUGCAAGAAAUUCGAAGGAAAUCCUUGACUCGGCAACCCGCAAGUAGAACUAGUACUGUAUACACGUGUAUUUGGAAAGCAUUGUUGAAUUUAUCAUCUGAUCCUGAUACUGAAGUUUCUCAGCUUGCAUCUGCUGUUAUUGAUUAUAUUCAUGAUCAAUUGUUGGAAACUCAACAUGCCGAAAAUGUUGCAUUGACUAUACGGCAGGUUAUACAAGAUCAGGGCUCGCAGGAGACUGAAACGUUUCGACAAUCUUUAAAUAGAACUUCAUCGUCGGAUGAUGUAUUACCCCUCAAAUCAAAAUUCUUUGAUUGGAGUUGUGAAUACUUCAGAGAACCUCAAAUGAGGCCAGCUGAAUCUGAACAGCAAGGUAGCAUCGAUGAUAAUGAAAGGUUAUGGCGUCGGAAGAGAAAUGAAAGUAUAAUCGAUUCGACUCAACCAUUAAAGGAAGUAGCUGGCUCGAGUCGAUGGAACAAGCAAAUUGCAUUUUUCAAUAAUGAUUCCGAGCCCACGAGAUUGCUAUUCCACCAAUUCGAACCGCAUCUAGUGGUUGCUAAUGACAAAGAUAUGAUUAGAGAACAUUACCGCACACAUACCUUUUCUAAUGGAAAUCCUUCUGGUAGCAAAAUCACAACAUUAAAAUUUAUCAAUGAAGACGAAAUUUCAAUGUUAUUGACCGGAUCAAGUGAUGGCGUAGUACGUUUGUUUCGAAAUUAUAGUUUAUCAUCGUCAUUAGAAUUAGUAACAUCAUGGCGUGCUAUGCCAGAGAUCAUGGUUAACAGUCAAAGAAGUGGACUUAUUGCUGAAUGGCAGCAAGAACGUGGCAUUUUAUUAGUUGGUGGGGAUCAUAAUAUGAUUCGAGUUUGGGAUGCUCCACGUGAAAUUACGAUGAGUCAAAUUCCUACUAGAACUAGUAGUUCGAUUACUAGUCUUACAAGCGAUGGGGAAGAUAUUUUUGUUGCCGGAUUUGCAGACGGAGCAGUUCGUGUAUAUGAUAGGCGUAUUCAGCCUAGGGACGCUAUGAUAUUAACGAGCAAGGAACAUAAGAAUACCAUAACUAACGUUGUGUGGCAAAAAGGAGCAGUACGUGAAUUAGUUUCAGGAAGCAAGUCAGGAGAAAUUAAAUUAUGGGACAUUCGGCUUAGUCAUUCAAAACUUACUAUAGGCGAUACAAAUGUUUCUGAAAUGAAUGCGUUGGAUGUUCAUCAUCAUGCGAACGUUGUUGCAAGUGUUUAUUCUAAUCAACUUAUCAAAGUUUGGAAUACAAAUACUGGAAUAAAUCUAUCAGUAGCACGGUAUAAUACUGGAUUUUUAGGAUGGGGCGCUCAAGUUACUUCAUUAGCUCUUGCUGGCCAUCAUAUGGUUAUGGCAAUUGGUGCUACUGAUAAUUAUUUAUCGUUAUACGGGGUCGCUAAUAAUUAG